GUAGUGAGCCUGGGGACAGAAGGCCUGGAGCCUCACUUCCUGGGAGGCCUCUUAGAGGUUAGGGGGUUGCUGAAGCAGACUCAAGCCCUGUAGGAGUCCAGGGGAGCCUGAGGAAGAGCAAAGAGGAACGGGGUCCACAGCAGGAGUGCGGGCAGGCCCCAGCACCCCUAGCGGCUGAGACGUGCACUUAUGAAGCAUGCAGUUGCUGUUUCUGAUACCUUGCCAGUUGUUUUGUUGUUGUCUGUUUGCAGCUGGUUGGAAAGGAUGUCACCAUCCACGCAGCCAGGAGAAAGCAGGACCUGAUGAGAGAGGUGACAUGGUGACCGCAAUGCUGCAGAAGCAGCAGCACUGGAGGUCCAUGUGCAAGGGGCUUGUUCUGGGAACUGUCCUGACCAGCUUCAUGCUGCUGCUGUACUCCUAUGUGAUUCCACCCCUGCAAGUCAGCAUGAUGGAGAUUCCUAUCCCUUACUCCUGCUCCUCCUAUCCUGCCCAGGCCAGGGUGCCAGGUGUGGCGAACAGCACUCACAGUCCCCCGGGGCAAGGAUGUCUGCCCAAGCUGGACAUCAUGUUCAUGAAGACACACAAGACAGCCAGCAGCACCAUCCUAAACAUCCUCUUCCGCUUUGGUGAGAAGCACCGCCUCAAGUUUGCCUUCCCCAAUGGCCGCAAUGACUUCUACUACCCCUCCUACUUUGAACGCAGCCAGGUCCAGGACUACCAGCCCGGCAUGUGUUUCAAUAUCAUUUGCAACCAUAUGCGCUUCCACUACCAGGAGGUGCGCAAGCUACUGCCAGCUGACACCAUCUUUCUGACAGUGCUGCGGGACCCUGCCUACCUCUUUGAGUCCUCCUUCCACUACUUUGGGCGCAUCAUCCCCCUCACCUGGAAGCUGCAAGGUGAGGACAAGCUAGCAGAAUUCCUCCGUGAUCCAUGGCACUACUAUGAUCCUAACGGGUUCAACGCUCACUACCUCCAGAACCUGCUCUUCUUUGACCUAGGCUAUGAUAACAACAUGAAUGCCAACAGCCCCUUGGUGGACCAGUACAUCCAAGAGAUCGACCAACAUUUCCAUCUGGUCAUGCUGUUGGAGUACUUCGAUGAGUCCCUAGUGCUCCUGAAGGACCUGUUGUGCUGGGAGCUGGAGGACAUCCUCUAUUUCAAGCUCAAUGCCCGCAAGGACUCCACUGUCUCCAAGAUGACGGGUGAGCUCUAUGAGAAGGCCACCUACUGGAACCUAAUUGACGCCAAGCUCUAUCGCUACUUCAAUACCACUUUCUGGCGCAAGGUGGAGGCCUAUGGGUGGGAGCGAAUGGCCAGGGAUGUGGCUGAGCUGCACCGGGAGAAUGAGAAGAUGAAAAGCAUCUGCAUCGAUGGAGGGCGCCCUGUGGAUGCCAAUGCCAUCCAGGAGUCCUCCAUGCAGCCAUGGCAGCCGCUGGGCCAGAAGUCCAUCCUGGGUUACAACUUGAAGAAGAAGAUAAACAAGAAGCACCGGAAGCUGUGCCGCAAGAUGCUGACACCCGAGAUCCAGUACCUGACUGACCUGGGCGUCAACCUCUGGAUCACCAAGCUCUGGAGCCACGUGCGGGAGUUCUUAAAGUGGUAACAUGUGAACUGCAGCAGUCCCCAACUCCCUCCCCUCCGCUGUCCCCAUCCCCACCCAAGAGAAGAACCAAGUGAUUUCAUUUUCAUUUCUUCCUUAUGUCUGUUGGCUGGAUAGGGGACAUGAUGAAUCGUCAAUGAUCAGAACUGGCUUGAGACUCCAACAGGGAAUAGUAAGUUAGAGACCACGCCUCCCACCCCCUAUUCUGGAGAUCUGGCUACACAGGAGAGAAGAGGAGCCUCUGACACUUGCAGGUGGACAUUCACUGGGGUGUGAGUAAGGAAAGAGUCAGUUGGCCAACCCUCCUGCCACCUAGUUCCUCAACACCAUCACUCUGGGGUGCUCCUGGGUCAGCUUCCACCACUGCAUCCUCAGGUCAGUGCUGCACCACUGAGUCCAGCCAUCUUAGCCUGCUCCCCUGAAUGAGCUGAGGGCAGGCCCUGGGGAGCACGACCUGGACACAGGACACUAGAACUGAUUACAGUAUCUUACUAGUUGUUUGGGGGUUGCUUUUCACAAAGUUUUUUUCCCUUCCUUCUAUUUGAAAGCGUUGGGGGCAGCGUCUGUGACAGCAGGAUCGCAGCCCGGGUCCGUCAUUCAUGUUAGUAGCAUUAUAUGUGUCACAGUGUAAACAGGAGACAAGCUAUAGGA